CCUGUGUGGUAUACGGUGCUAGCUAGAUCUCUCUGCCAAGUCUCUCAGCAAUGUCGGGAACAGAAGAAAAAGCCCCCGCCACCGUCGACUCGACGGCAGAGGUCGUCUCCGGCGAGAAUUCGAAGGCGGAGAAAACCUCCGAAGAUAAGGCAGAGCCGUCGCCUGCUCCGGCUCCGCCGGCGGAGAAGCAAAGAUGGGGGGACGUGGAGGACGAUGAGGAGGAGCAAGAUGUGGUUUCCGAGAAGGUUGGUUCGUUGAGUAUCCAGGAGAAAGAGAAAGGCAGUUCAGUGCUUGAGGAGCCCGAAGAUUCUAACAUUAGAGCGGUUACAUCAGGCGAUACACCAUAUACAUCCGCGAGUAAAUUUGAGGAUUUGAACUUGUCGCCGGAAUUGCUAAAGGGUUUAUACGUAGAGAUGAAGUUCCAGAAGCCAAGCAAGAUUCAAGCAAUAAGUCUCCCUAUGAUAUUGACUCCCCCUCACAAGCAUCUAGUUGCCCAAGCGCAUAACGGCUCUGGUAAAACCACCUGCUUCGUUCUCGGUAUGCUCAGCCGUGUCAAUCCAAAGCUAUCUGCUCCUCAAGCGCUCUGCAUUUGUCCCACGAGAGAGUUAGCGAUCCAGAAUAUGGAAGUUCUUCAGAAGAUGGGGAAGUAUACUGGGAUAACAUCUGAGUGUGCUGUACCGACGGAAAAGACAAAAGAAGUGUCGCUUGCAAAACGACCACCUGUUUCAGCGCAUGUGGUGAUCGGUACUCCUGGAACUAUCAAAAAGUGGAUGGCAUACAAGAAACUGGGUGCAAGUUGUUUGAAGAUCCUUGUAUUUGACGAGGCUGACCACAUGCUUGCUGCUGAUGGUUUUCGGGAUGAUUCCUUGAAGAUAAUGAAGGAUAUCGAGAGAGUAAAUCCCAAUUGCCAGGUCCUCUUAUUUUCUGCAACGUUCAACGAGGUUGUCAAAGAUUUCGUUGCGAGAACAGUCAAAGACCACAAUCAACUGUUUGUAAAGAGAGAGGAGCUCUCUCUGGAAUCCGUCAAGCAGUACAAAGUGACUUGCCCGGAGGAACAGGCGAAGAUUCUCGUGAUCAAGGAUCAAAUUAUGGAACUCGGGGAAAAUGUUGGGCAGACCAUAGUUUUUGUGCGUCGUAAGGCAACAGCAGGCAUGUUGCAUCAAGCACUGGUUGAUAUGGGGUAUGAAGUCACUACCAUACACGGUAGUAUGACCCAAGAAGAUCGGGACAAAAUAGUUAAGGAGUUCAAAGACGGUCUAACACAAGUUCUUAUAGCAACUGAUGUUCUUGCACGAGGUUUCGAUCAACAGCAGGUCAAUUUGGUUAUCAACUUUGAUUUGCCGGUUAAAUACAACAGUCCUAUGGACCCUGAUUACGAGGUGUACCUACACCGGGUUGGCAGAGCCGGGCGCUUUGGUCGUAAAGGAGCUGUAUUCAACCUGCUGAUAGAUGAUAGAGAUAAAGUGGUGAUGGAGAAGAUAGAAAAGUACUUUGAAGCAGAAGUGAAAGAGGUCAAGUCAUGGAACUCAGAGGAAGAGUUCAAGGCGGCUCUCAAGGAGGCAGGACUCUUGAAGUGACAACAACUCUGGUUUCAUUACUCUUGUCUGAAAAUUUUUGAAUGCCUUUGAAGAGGUUCUGAUCUGGAGGGUUUUGCUUUUUUUCUUUGGGGGGAUUCUUUCGUGAUGCUGCUUCUGCUUUUGCCUUUGAUGAUUUUGUCGAUGGCCCUUUGUGAUCAAAGAUUUGGUAAUGUUAAAUGGAUUUAUGCUUUGUAUGCCAAAUUGUGUGUUUGUUUUGUACAACUUAUGUGAUUUUCCCUCUCA